AUGAAAUCGUUAAUAAUUUAUAUUUACAUAAUUAAAGUCUUAGUUUAUUGCGGAAGAUUUGCUAUCUUUGAUGUAAAGGGCAUUUAUAACACAGUUCAAUAUAUAUUGAGGAAAAAAUCCGACAACUCUCUCCUGUGCACUAUUCUUAAUGUUAAAAAGAAUAAUGAGUUGUAUGGAGUAGUGAGCAAUGAUGAAAUAUUGUGGAUUAAGCAAUCAAAAAAGGAAGAGUGUCAAGAUGUGUUGGUUACAAAACAUCAGGGGAAGGCUAAGCUGGCGCUGCUUCAGAUCCAACACUUCAAGAGCUUUUAUACUGUAAAAAGAUUAAGGUACUUUUUAGGUAUAUGGGUACCAGUAAGCAAAGAAUUAUAUAAUAAAAUAGAUAAAAUUAUAUCUUGGAAGUUUGAUUAUAAAGAAUCUGAAAUCAGUGUGGAAUUAACAGAAGAAUUUGAUACAGCUGGACUUAUGGUGAACAAUUUCUUUAUCAAUGAAGAAAAUAAAACAAGGUUGUAUCCACGACCAGGGUUCAAAAUAACUUUAGUUAACUAUAGAAAUAAUGAGUUAUGGUCAAAAAAUGAUUAUCAAGAGGAGGCCAUUCAAAUCGAAAUUGUAAAAACAGAUUCAAAAAUACAACGUCUUUACGUAAGAUACGAGACUUAUUACGGAACAGCAGAUACUAUUUAUUAUAAAUGUUAUCCGGAACUAAGAAGGGUGGAUAGAAAAGAGUAUUUCAUGGAUGAUGAUGACGACGAUGACGAUGGAGAUGAUGAUUAUUUACCAGAUGGAAUUGAUAGGUAUAGAAGAAUAGGAACAAGAGACGUGGAUUCAAGUCACGGAACUCAACCUGGUGGAUCAAGUCAAACCGGAACUACCGAUCAAGGUACAGAGGAUCAAGAUCAGAGAGCAAGUAGUCCUGUUUAUUAUGGAGUAUCAGAGCUUGUUCCACUACCACUUGGCACAAGGCCGGCCACACCCUUACCUACCCCGUCAAAACUGGUGGCUCCAACUCCAAUUAAACAUUUCCCUGAGGGUAUUAUUCGUUGUUUUCAUGUCGAAACUUUUAGUGAAAUUGGAUUGGUCCCCCAAAAAACUGCUAAACAAAGAGAAGCUGCUAAACAAGUAACUAUUCGAGUAGGUGGUACAGAUGAUUCUCAAGGACAAUCUGAGCCAACUCAUUAUAUACCACAACAUACUGAGGCUGUGUCACAUGGUACACAUUAUACCCCAGGUCAAGUUACAAGACAUCCUACUCAGCCAAUUCUAAGAAUGCCGCAGCAGACUGCUCCUAGGCCAACAGGGCGGCCAAGACAUGCUCCCCCAGUUCCACAUGUUCCAACACAACCAUUUCCGACUACUUUAAUACAACCGCCGCCGCCAAGACCAUCCGGAAUUACACCUUAUAAUAUAAUUCAGGGGAUUGGGCAACAACGAUUUCCAACUUCCCAGACAGACAAUAGAGCAGAGCAAGGCUCUAGAACAGGAUCAACUACUUCAAGUUCAACACCUACUAACAAAGACAAUAGUAAAAAAACAACUGAUGACAGCGAUUCAGAUGGCUCAGAUCUUUUUGAUAUUCAAGAGACUGAUGUUGUUACAGAAGUUCCCGAAAGUGACACUCGUAUAGAUGAAUUUCUUAAUAUGAUAACAAAAACAGUUACGAGUUCGACUACAAGUGUAACCACCACAUCCAGACAAACGGGUCAAGCAUCGAAGGCCAUUGUUGCGAUAACAUCAAGUACUCCACAACCAGGCACUCAAUUUGGAGAUGCUUCAGGGUUAAGUCUAUUUUCAUCAGGUGAACUCACUAGGGCAAGAGAAUCUGGAGGAUCAGGAGGAAUGCAUGCCAUUAGUGACUCCACAGUGAGUAGUACGGUAUCUUCGUGGGAUUAUUCAAAUGCAAAUCCGUUUCAGGAUUAUAUAGAUAUAGGGCAAAUCCCAGAGGUUGUAACAUCUGACUUUAGCCAGGAAGAAAUUGAACUGGCUUCUAGAUCAUUAACAAGUUCAAUUGAAAGUGGUAGAACUGGGAGCAGUGGUGAUCAAACUCCAACUCCGGGUCAAACGUUUUCACCGGCCAUUAUGGGUGAUGGCAGAACCCCCAGAUAUCCUAGCGCCCCCAGUGUAAGGCCUCAAUUUGGAGUUGAAGGUGGUUUAAAGAACGUUAUUGUUAGACCAAGCUCUCUAACUGGUACACAAACGGUUAGGGCCCCAGUGGUUAGAGCCCCAGUGUUCAUGCCACGUGAUCCUGAAACUAGAUCCGAGUACGAGGAACCACCACGUAAGAGACCAAAUACAGGACAAACGGUUCAACCAUUUCCACAACCUCAACCUCAACCUGGGCAAUUUCAAUAUCAGCCUCCUCAAGCUCAACAACAGCAAGGACAAUUUGGACAGGGACAACAAAGUCAAGGUCAAUUUUCUCAGGGUUAUUAUCAGCAUGCUCAACAACCACAACAUGGUACAGGACAAUAUGGACCAACUCAACAAGGACCUGGGUACUAUGGGCCUACUCAACCUUUCCAACCUCAACAACAACAAGGACAAACUCAACAGACACAAGGUUAUUAUGGACCUACUCAACAACCACAACAACAAGGACAAUUUACACAGGGUCAGUAUCAGACUCCUCAACAACAACCACCUCAAAAUCAAUAUCCACAAGGACAAGGUAAUCAAGGCCAGGGUUAUUUCCUAUCCAUGCUAGAAGAACAAGAUCAAUUUACAUCAGGUCAACAACAAACUCAACCUCAAUUUCCACAUUCUCAAGGUUACUAUGGACCUACUCAACAACCUCAUGUUCAACCCACUCAACAAACUCAAGGUUAUUAUCAACCUACCCAACAACAACAAACUCAACCUCAAUUUGGCCAGGGUUUUUAUGGACCUAAUCAACAACCUCAGGGACAAACUAGUCAAAAUCAAGGUUAUUUUUUAUCGAUGCUAGAAGACCAAAAUGAAUAUAACUUGGGUCAACAAUCUACACAAGGUCAAUUUGGACAGGGGUAUGAUGGGACAACACAACAACAAACACAACCUGGUUAUCCACCACAACCUCAACCUCAACCUGGGCAAUUUCAAUAUCAGCCUCCUCAAGCUCAACAACCUCAAGGACAAUUUGGGCAGGGGCAAUUUCAACCUUCACAAACUCAAUUUUCCCAAGGUUAUUAUCAACCAAGUCAGCAAACUCAACAAAAUCUUGGGCAGUAUGGGCCGAGUCAAGGUUUUCAACCUCAACAAGGUACAGGUUAUUAUGGGCCUAAUCAACCUUUCCAACCUCAACAACAAGGACAAUUUACUCAAGGACAACCAUUCCAAGGACAAGGUGAUCAAGGUCAGGGUUAUUUUCUAUCUAUGUUACAAGAACAAGAUCCAUAUAACUCAGGCCAACAAUCACAUCAAGGACAAUUUGGACAGGGUAAUUAUCAAACUAAUCAACCAACUCAACCAAAUCAGGGCCAAUAUUCUCAAGGUUAUUAUGGACCCAAUCAACCUUUGCAACCUCAGCAAUCCCAACCUGGGCAGGGUUAUUAUCAGCCUCCUCCUCCUCAACAACAACAACCUCAAAAUCAAUAUCAUCAGGGGUACUAUGGACCUAAUCAGCCUCAACAAAAUCAGGCUCAACAGGGACAAAUUCCAUAUUCUCAGGGACAACCUACUCAACAACCUCAAGGUUAUUAUGGUCCUCCUCAACAACAGCAAACUCAAGGUUACUAUCAACCUACUCAACAACAACCAACUCAACCUCAAUUUUCACAGGGUUAUUAUGGACCUAAUCAAAAUCAACCACCUCAAGGACAAUUUGGACAUGGACAACGUCAACAACCUCAAACAGGAUAUUCUCAAGGUUAUUAUCAACCUGGCCAAAAUACAGGAACACCAAAUACACAGACUCAGAAUAUUGGUUCAACUCAGCAACAAGGCAGAUAUGGUGAUAAUUCAAAUGGAGAAGAUAAUCAGAGUAGUGAUGAUGAAGAUGGUGAUAAUUUUUUGGUAACAGAACAAACUGAGAAAACAACUGGAGGACCAGAUACCGGCGCAGGUUCCACCCCUCCAGUUCAGCAAAGACCAGUUGGUUCCCAACGACCUUUAGUUCGUGCGCCAAUUUACAGACCACCAACAACUCCAGUAGGACCAAUAAGCCAACAACCACCAGUAAGCGGUGUUGGAGGGAAAAGGAGAUUACAAACCGCUCCGACCCAUUAUAUUCCAGAAAAUGCACGUGGUGAUCGGACAGGGUUAGGGCCUGAAAAUUCAGGUAGAACUCGGCCAACCGCUCACGGUAAUAAUUAUGUUCCAGUAUAUAAACGACCGCGCCAAUCUCAAGGUUUAGAUUUUCCUGAAGAAGAUCCUGAAUAUGAAGAUGACAAUGACGACGCAGAAUCUUUUAUACUGAAUGUCAACUCCGAUGUUGAAGAAACAGAAGAUACAGAGCGAUCUAGAGAUAAAACUGCACAACCUAGGCCACAAGUGAAUCCAGAACAAUCAUCUGUUGUCAGAAGCAUUCUUAGAAAAUCUUUACUGGGACAAGCAAGAGGAACUCAAGGGGAUUCCGCUUCAAAGACAACUCCAGCAGGAACAAGACAUUCUGGUGGUCAAAGUGAUGGAAGUCAAGCUAGUGGAGGGGGUUCAGGAGGUGCAGAUUCUAGAAGACCAGAUAGUUCUCAAUCGUCACAGUUUGAUGGAGGAUAUCGGUCUGCACUUCAACAUGUUGAUUCCAGAGACGUUAGAAAUGAUGACGAUCCAAAUGGUGAGUUUAGGAAAGAAGGAUUUCCACUAGACGUACUCGAGUUGGAUGACAGUACGAAACAUUACACCGUGUUGGUUGACAAGCUACUGAAAGUUCCCGUGGUUAUUAUAAUUCCAGCAGAUGAAUCGUUCGUUGAGGAGAUAACUUUAGGAAGUUUAAUGAUAUGGAGGAGCGAAACUGUAAAGUGUGUUAGAGUAAGAUUAGUAGUUUCAGAGGGUAACUUCAUUGCUAUUGAAUUGACCUUGGUUACUCCAAGGAGGAAAAAGUUCCAUUUGUUCUUUAGAUACCAUGACGGUUAUUACAAAGGUGUGGCAAGACCAAGGUUUAACGAAGCUAUUUACGAACAGGCUACAAAAGUUCAAAACAUUAAAAGAUUAAGUAAAAGGAUCGACAAGGAAAUUAUGGAGGAAGAAAAGGCUAAAAAAGAUGAAAAGGGAAACAAAAAAGCGUUCAGUAGAUGGGAAAGUGCAACAUACAGGGAGUCAGAUGAAACUGAAGAUGAAACUGAAUAUGAAAACAGGAGGUGGGAUAUACAAGAAAUAAUAACAAGAGAGAAUGGCAAUCACACGAACAUCAUCAGGGGACCAAAGAACAUAACCCAGAGGAGAUAA